GGAGUGAAGUCUCGCGAGAAGAGGCGGUUUCGUAGCGGAGCCCUCUGGCUGAGAGUGUCUGAGGAUCCGCCGCCGCAUUCGCGGACGGUUUACUGAGCCCGUUAGUGCCCCUGCCGAGCGAGACUCCCGUCGCCGUCAUGUCCCGCUACCUGCGCCCCCCCAACACGUCUCUGUUCGUAAGGAAUGUGGCCGACGACACCAGAGAAUGUAAAGCUGUACAGUUAUGGCGACCCCAAAGAGAAAGCAUGAAAGAACCUUUAGAGUAGAGUUCAACACUUAAGGCAAGUAGACAAGCCAAAGACCUCUUAAGGAUCAGGCUUGAAGAGAAGGGAGAGUUUGGGAAAAGAAAAAUUAAAGAAAAGCUGGAAGAAGGACAAGCCUAAUGGGAGACAAAGCCUCGCUUUAUCUACAAAAGGGGGAAAAGGUUGUUUUUCAAAGUUAAAGAUAAAGCCAUCUGUCAUAUUUGGCCAAGCAUCUCAUGACAAGUCCUUCUGACAAGCACUUAAAGAGUUAAAGGUCAAGAUGAAGUUGAAUGAUGGCCAAGAUUAAAGGAGUCAUACCUGAUCACAUUUGAGGAUGUUCGUGAUGCCGAAGACGCUUUACAUAAUUUGGACAGAAAAUGGAUUUGCGGACGCCAAAUUGAAAUACAGUUUGCACAGGGGGAUCGGAAGACUCCAAAUCAAAUGAAAGCCAAGGAAGGGAGGAAUGUGUACAGCUCUUCACGCUAUGAUGAUUAUGACAGAUACAGACGUUCUAGAAGCCGGAGUUAUGAAAGAAGAAGAUCAAGAAGCCGGUCCUUUGAUUACAACUAUAGAAGAUCUUAUAGUCCUAGAAACAGUAGACCGGCUGGAAGACCACGGCGUAGCAGAAGCCAUUCCGACAAUGAUAGAUUCAAACACCGAAAUCGAUCUUUUUCAAGAUCUAAAUCCAAUUCAAGAUCACGGUCCAAGUCCCAGCCCAAGAAAGAAAUGAAGGCUAAAUCACGUUCUAGGUCUGCAUCUCACACCAAAACUAGAGGCACCUCUAAAACAGAUUCCAAAACACAUUAUAAGUCUGGCUCAAGAUAUGAAAAGGAAUCAAGGAAAAAAGAACCACCUAGAUCCAAAUCUCAGUCAAGAUCACAAUCUAGGUCUAGGUCAAAAUCUAGAUCAAGGUCUUGGACUAGUCCUAAGUCCAGUGGCCACUGAUAGUAUAAACCUUGAUAUUUUUAGGCAUGUAUCAUUCAUUUACUCAUAGUUUGGUUUACUUAAAUUAUCAGGAAUACAAUGUUGCAAUGAUGCUUAAAAAACACUUGUCAGUUUUCCCUGUACCAGGCAAAUGGUUAUAAUUAAAAUGAUAUGCUGUUGAGAAGACACUCUUAAGAGUCCAGUUUGUUUAAUGUUACGGGCAGCUACCAAUUUGUGGUGUCUCUGUAUAUUUUUGUAAAGAUUCUCAUUUUUUAUGCUUGAAGUAUUGGUGAAAAGAUGUUGGUUGACCAUAAUUUGCAACAUUGUCUUAUUAAAAAUAAACUUUCAUAUCCAUAUUUGGUAGAACUGUUAACCUAGAAAUGUAGCUUGCUAAUAAGAUAGAAUGAUACAAAAGUGAAGUUGUAGCCACAGUACCACACUGACUGAUCAGACACAUUUAGGUUCAGGGUGGACCUUUUUGUCUUGUUAAGAUGUCUAGGCCCGUGAUAAUAGUUAAUUUAU